AGGAGAAAACUUUUAGUUUUACAAUCCACCGUGAGGACCUUAAAGCUCAGCGGUUUAAAAAUAGAAAAAGUCUAGAACAGAAAUAUUCUGAUACAUUGUAAACACAAUGGACGUCGAGGCCAAGAGAAUCAUGGCUCUUUCUAUCAGUAAACUGUAUUCAUUAAGGACCCAGCGCGGGGGAUUGAGACUUCACCGGAGUCUCCUGCUCUCCAUGACCAUGAGAGCCGCACGGGACAUCUACCACACCGCGCAGCUGCUCAAAGACACGGAGGAGGAGCAGGUCGUUCCCUGCGCCCCGAACGCUGCCACAGAGGAACCCAUGGAGACUGACUCUCCUCAGACUCUCAUUCAGACCUCCAAGGAGGUGGCAAUGAAGCCUCAUGAACCCAAAGAGACUCUAGACGAGGACAAAGAGAACCGGUACGCUUCUGAACGGCAAUCCAGGAAGCGCCGCGGUAAGACGGCGCUCGAGCCUGACUUUCUGCCUCUGAAGAAGGCGAGAAUGGACACGGAUGAGGAGAAGCAACAUCUCCAAAGCGAGGUUUUGAGGACUAAUAAUGGAAACAGCUGUCGCCAGGCUGAAACUCUGACCGCGUUCGCAACAAACCGAGCCAUCGUGGCGUGUUGAGCAAGACGCGCUGUGGAUCAUUUCGAGAAUCGAUCUCCCUUGAUGGGAAUUUACUGGACAAACUAGUUCAGAUCGGACCGGUUAUGCAGCCUGACACCCGUGCGGCCGGCUCAGCUCGCCAUAAGAGCUCCAAGAGAGGCCAGGAUCAGCAGGGAUACAGGACAGGUGGUGGAUACUAUGAUCCCAAUCGCAUUGGAAUUACUCGAGCUGCUUCAUUGUUCAGUGAGAGGAGUCAGAUGACUCUGUUGACUCACGUUUGAACUGGGAAGGGAGGCUCUGGUGUCUUCUAUCCAGCUUAUGAACUUGACAACCUCAAAUAAGAACAACUCUGACGGUGUAUGACACAAAACACUUGAUGUUUAUCCGAGUUUGAUACUUGAAAAUGUCUUGAAAUGCCAAAACGUGUUAAAUGUCACUGUUGCACUGAUCAAUUGCACAGAAGAAUAUGUAUUUAUAAUACUAAGAAGGGCAUGAUGGACGGAUAUCAUAUGACAUUGAUUUCAGUGUUUACUGUUUGCAAUAAACAUGCAAAUGUUUAAAAAUCAUAA